AUGGAGGAUUGGGAAGACGAUCAAAUUCCACCUCUUCUUUCAAAAGAACAACCUAAAAGUAAACGGGAUGAUGAAGAUGUGGAUGAAAAUGAUGUGAAGGAAUCAUGGGAGGAUGAAGAUGAACCUGCUCCGGCACCUGCUGUAAAACCUACUGAGAAGGCUCCUAAAAAAUAUUCUGAAAGAGCUACUGAAAAGAGGGGAAAAACAAUAGAACCAGCAAAGGAAGAACCACUGGAUCCUGUGGCUGAAAAACUUCGCCAACAAAGGCUGGUUGAAGAAGCAGAUUACAAGUCAACCAAGGAAUUGUUUGGUGGACGAGGUGUUGAAAAGAAUCUUGAUACUUUUAUUCCCAAAUCUGAGAGUGAUUUCUUGGAGUGUGCAGAGCUCAUUUCACACAAGCUUAGUCCUUUUGAGAAAAGUUUUCAUUAUGUUGGUUUACUUAAGGAAGUAAAGAGACUGUCAAUGACUUCUCUGAAAGGAACAGAUGCCAAAGAUAUUGCAUCUUCCAUAACUGGUAUUGCAAAUGAAAAGUUAAAAGCUGAGAAAGAAGCCAACGCUGGCAAAAAGAAGACGGGUGGCAAGAAGAAGCAGCUUCAUGUUGACAAAGUCGAGGAUUUGGUUGCUGAACCAUAUGAUGCUCUGGACGAUUAUGAUUUCAUGUGAAAAGUUAGGUUCAGUUCCAUUCAACAUUCUUCGGCAUACCCUCUGUGAAGAAUCAGUCAAUUUUGUCACCUUGAUUAAAUUCUCAUCCGUUUGCAUAUACUUGUACGCUAGUUUUUCCCUAGAUGAUUGAUAUAAGUUGAAAGCUUCAAGAUUUACAUAGUAACAUUCAACAUAUAUUUCCCCCCAAGGUACAUUGGAUUUGUAAGAAUGUAGAACUAAAAUUUUCUUUUAAAAGGAACUUGGGCAUGCGUGGUCCAUU